ACAAGUACAUUUUACGACUAAAUGGACUUUAAAAUUAGCUUAGUGUGAACGUGGACGAAGUAACAAAAUUCGGAUUUUGUGCGGGAGUUUUUAUCGGCAGCGUUAGAUAGACCACCUUUGUUAACGUUGUGUAACCCGAAGAGACAUACUAGGAACGGAAGCAAGACAUUUGAGCUUUACGUUAACGUAUGUCCGUGUCCGUCUUUCAACCAGGCUGCCACUCUGCCCGAGCAGACUAGAACAAGUUGUUCUUGUUUGAUUCAACCAUGGACGCGGUUGUAAAAUUCACAAGCCAAAGUCAGGGAAGGGACCGUAUAUUCAGGGCGACCCAAUAUGCAUGUGCACUGUCCAUUUAUUUACUUCGAAAGAACUCAGAAAGAAAGGACUUGGUGGCCAAACUUAAAAGUCUGGAAGCCACCAUGAGAGCUGGACGAAAGUUGUUCAGGCUGGGAAACACAAUAAAUUCCAUUGAGGCUGCUAAGCGAACCAUGCAACUCUCUGACCGAGUGCUGUGCCUGUGCCUUACUGUGGCCAACAUCAACCGCGCCCUCUACUUUAUCUGUGACAAUGCACUUUGGGCCAGAAAUGUCGGUCUUAUCCGCGAUAUCGACAAGGAACGCUGGAGCCUAAAUGCUUCUCGCUGCUACUUGCUCUCGCUUGUUAUGAGUCUGACCAGAGAUGUUUAUGUGGUCUUCCAGUUAAUGGUACAGAAAGCAAGAGAUAGACACUUCAGACAGAAAAUGGAUCAGCAUCUCAGUGAGAAUCCUGAAGUAGCUGAUGUUGUCAUUCCUCAGCUGGAUGCUUUUCUCUUUCUGCUGUUGGACAGUCUCAAGUCACAUCCGGCUGUUGCCUUGGACACGGUGAAGAAUAUAUGUGAUCUCUUCAUUCCCUUAGACAGAUUGGGUAUAUACCAGUCGAAUGCAGGAGUGGUGGGAUUAUGUGGUCUGAUAUCCUCACUUAUUGGGAUUGUGACCCUCGCACAGCCCAAGUUACGAAUCAAACCAUAAUUUUGAUUGCGAAGAUAAACCUGGCUGACUAACUGCACGUAAAAAAAGGUUUAUCGUGACGCCUGGUGCAUAAUGACAUUAGGAAACACAUCACAGGAACUUUUUGUAACAUUUAUGUUAGAAUCAUGUAUGUUUCACACCAAACUCAAGCCAGCAAUAAUUGAAAGGCUUGCAUGUUUCUGGGAUGACUGAAUUUGAUUGGUUUGUAAUACAUUUUUUAUUAAUUAUUUGAUUGAAUGAUUGGACCGAUUACGUCAUACUUUUGAAAUAGACACAAACAAUACAUUCAACGGGGACCAGUUACAGUUUAAAACAACAGUUUAAAAGGGAGCAAAUAACGUUUCCAUAGUAACCUUUUAUAUUUUUGUAAUUUAAAAGAGCCAAGGCUAAACCUUUGUGCAUUCCUGUCUUCUACAACUCCACAUAUAACAUCAUUUUUUGUAACUACUGUAUUGUAAAAAUAAGGGCUCCUCACUGAUGCAAGCGUUUGCAUUUCACCUGUCUUUUACAAAAAGUAACACCUCACUAUGAAUGGCAUUGCCACUUUAGGUACACUGUCUUUAUCUGCUCUCUGUUUUGUGAUAACCUGCUGCUAAAAGUUUUAACUCUGUGAUUUAAGUGAUGAAUAAGCUCCUUCUCAGCCAAAAGUGCUUCCAAAUGGAAAAUGCAGCUGAGAGAUUUCACCUGUUUAUUUAUAUUUCAUCCUGCCAUUCAAAGCUUGGCCUGGACUUUGACUGUCAGCAGAUUAAGGUUAACUUAAGACAUUAUUGAGUAAAAACGUGAAAUCAUGUUACUAUUUUAAUGAGCCAAGAUACCCUAGAUAAUGUUUCUACAAUUGAAUGGUUAAUAUAUUGUUUAGAAAUUGUGUGCUUGUGUAUGUAUGUUUGAAACUGAGCAAACAAGUGUAUGAUAAGGAACUACAAAUUUCCAACUUACUUUUGUAAAAUGACUAAAUGUUUUCAUUCACAUUUGAUUGUAAGAUUAGCAAAACUGUAUAAAAAAUGAUGAUUUAAAACUGUGCUUUGAAAAAAACUAAAUGUUUGUAUUUUCAUGAUGUCAUUAACUAUCAAAGUGGUGACCAUUGGGAUGGUUGUGGUUCAGUUUAAAAAUAAAGUAAC